CGACCACGACGACAGCGGUGACUGCAGCGCUAUCCGCGACCACGACCUCCCCAGAUGGCACAAUGGGGACAGGGGUACCAGUAUCCCAUGCAGACGGGGUUUAAUCCACAGCAACAGCAGCAGCAGCAGUUCCAGCAACUCGCCCCACAACCCACCGGCUUUCCAGGCCAGCGUCCAGGAUUUCAGCAACCUCAGCAGACUGGUUUCCCCGGUCAGCAAGGUUUCCAGCAGCCCCAACAAACGGGCUUCCCUGGACAACAAGGCUUUCAGCAGCCGCAACAGACAGGCUUUCCGGGACAGCAGCUACAGCCUCAGCAGACCGGCUUUCCAGGGAACAGCUUCCAGCAGCGCGCUCCUCCCCCUCCCGUCCCGCCUCUUCCAUCGCAGUAUCAGCAACAGCAGCCCCAACUCCAGCAGAAUGUUCAGAACAGCGGUUUCCUCAGCGCACAGCAGCCCAAUCGCUUCCUGAAUAGCUCCCCAGGUUUGUCACCCCUAGCUGCGCAACAGACAGGCUUUCCCGGGGGAGGCGGCAUGCGCCCUCUCGUGCCCCAAGCGACUGGCUUCGUCGACCCGAGGUUGCAGAUGAUGUCGAGCACGUUCCUUCCCGCCAACACAUCCGCGCCAUAUAACGCUGCGGGUCUACCACAAUUCCAGCAGCAGCAGAGCGGUUUCUCGCUUCAGCAGUCCUUCCAAGAACACAAUCAAGCGCAGCGGGGGAACACUGCCCCCAAGAUUCCCUGGGCACUCUCUAAUGCCGAGAAGAAGAACUACAACCAGAUCUUCCGCGCAUGGGACGCCAGUAACACCGGAUUCAUCGGAGGGCAGACGGCUUUGGAAGUCUUUGGACAGAGCGGACUGGAUAGGAAUGAUCUCGCGAAGAUAUGGGCGCUGGCCGACGUCGAGAACCGCGGCAAGCUCAACCUCGCUGAGUUUCACGUCGCCAUGGGUCUGAUCUAUCGCAGGUUGAACGGCAACGAUGUUCCUGAUGUACUACCUCCGGAGCUCGUACCUCCUUCGGCGAGGGACCUGGAGGAUUCCGUCAAUGUGCUUCGGGAUAUUCUGAAAAACGAUACUCGCGCUCGCUCCCCGGGUGGUCUUGACUCUCUCCCAGAGUCGCGCAUGCGGGAACGAUCAUUCUACUCCAACACUGCGGGCGCAGGUGGACGUCAAGAUGCCACCGUGUACAAGUACAAGGACGAGACUCCCGCCGGUGGCUUCUAUCAGCCCCGUUCGCGGCAUGUCGACCGCAGCGCGAUCAGGACGACAAGCGAGAACGCCAGUCCUGCGGCGGAUCUCGAUGACAUGAAGCGUCAGCUGGAGAACACUGCGAAGAUGCUCGACAGAGUAGCUGACGAAACCGCGUCGAAGACUGCAGAGGACGACGCGCUCGAGCGGGAGAUGUCGGAUCUCAAGUACCGGGUCAAGCGGGUGCAAGAGGACCUCGAGUACGUCUCGCGCGGGCCUCGUUCGGUGGCCAAAGACGAGGAGCGCCGGAAGCUCGAACGCGAGCUCUUGGAGCUCAUGCACGAGAAGCUUCCCGACCUCGAGCGGAGAAUUCGGGACCGCGAGGAGCGCAGAGAGCGGGAAAAGCGCGAGUGGGCUCGCGAACGCGACCGCCGCAAUGACCGUUUCGGACGCUAUGACAACAGGGACGAGCGUCCGCCCUCGCGCUACGAGCGCGAGCGCGACACUUACGACAGGCCUCGCAGCGCGUACGACCGGGACGAUAGGGACCGGGAUAGAGAUCGCAGCGACUCAUACCGGGACAGGGACAGGGACAGGGACAGGGACUACGACCGCGACAGGCCAUACUCAAGGAAUCGCGACCGUGACCGUGACUAUGACCGGCCACGCAGUCCUCCCGCUACGCGCUCGCCGCCGCCGCCACCGCCCGCGGCACCUGCCACUACGAGUCGUGCACCCCCGCCUGCCCCGACGCCAUCUACAACGGCCGCAGCCAAGAAGGCAUUGACGUCUGAGGAACGCUCGGCCCUGGCACGCCAACGCAUACAAGAACGCAUGGCAGCUCUCGGAGUCGUCGCGCCGUCGCCCUCGCCGAAGAUCGACACCAGUGUCGAAGACCGUCUUGCGCAGGAGAAGAAGGAAGCUGAGGAAAAGGCCAAGGCUGCUGAGCACGAGGCAGAACAGCGCGAGCGUGUACGUAGAGAGCGCUUGGAGGGAGAGAAGGCUUUGAAGGAAGGCAGGAGCCCUACCUCCCCCGCCCCGCCGUCGUCCAUUCCCACCGCUGCCUCGCAAGUGCCUACGCCCAAGCCUACGCCACCUCCUGCUCCGGCCGCGAAGGCGCAGCCUCCGCCUCCUCCAGCGCCCAGGAUGAAGCCUGCCGUUCCUCAGAAGAGGGGUCCCGCCCCGCCCCCGCCGGCCUCCCGCGGCUCGUUUGGUGUUCGUGCGCCGCCUGCGCCCGCUCCUGCACCUCCCCCAGCGCCCCCACCCGCUCCCGUCGUCGAUCCCGAGGAAGAGGCGCUGCGUGCGCGCGAAGAAGCGUUGCGUAAACAGCGGGAAGAGCGCCUCGCUCGCCUGAGAGCGAUGGAAGAGGAGGAGGCGGAGGAAGCGCGUCGCAUGGAGGAGGCACGUCGCAGGCGGCAACAGCAACAGCAGCAGGUCCCAAUCAUCUCUCCUCCUGUGCCCCCGCCUGCUCCUCCCGCGCCUGCGCCCCCACCUGCUCAGGAGGCAUUCCAAGCCCCCGCACCUCCCCCACCGCCCCCGCCAGCACCUCCUGCGCCUCCUGCUCCCCCGGCGCCGAGCAGUCACGCGUCCACGCCGUCUGUGGACAAGUCUACCACUAACCCGUUCAGUCGGCUCAUGAAAGAGAGUCCCGCUGCUUCCCCUGGCACUCCCGGAGGCGGCAGCAGCACGAAUCCGUUCUUCAAGCCCCAAGUCGCUUCGCCGCCGGCUCCGGCUCCUCCCGUUGCCCCUCCCGCGCCUCCCGCACCGUCCAAGAGUCCUGCGCCCAAGUCCUCGUACCAUACCGCUCCCGGCGACGAGGAGGACGAUUGGGAAGAUGUUCAAGAGAAGGACAACGAUGACAGCAGCGACGAUGAGCUCGACUCGUCCCGGGAUAAUCGUAGCAAGCUCGCGGCUCAGCUCUUUGGAAAUAUCCUGCCCCCGUCGAGGCCGCAGUCCGCUGCUCCAGCGACCAUGGCCAAGUCGGCAGCAAACUCGGAGCCGGCUAGUCCCGCACCGCCCGCACCUCCGCCGCCGCCUCCGUCUGCACCUCCCAUGUCGAACGAUAUCCCGGCAGGCAUUCCGCCUCCACCCCCGCCUCCCCCUGGAGCUCCGCCCGCUCCAGCGGCUCCAGUAGCUGCCGUCGCGAUCCCGGCCCCCACUGGAGAUCGUUCUUCAUUGCUGAGUGCGAUCCAGUCCGGCGCGCGACUAAGGAAGGUGGCACAAAUCAACGAUCGCAGUGCUGCACCCGUCUCCGGGAAGGUCAUUGGAGACGCUGCCCCUCCCCCACAUGUCUCUGCUGCUCCUCGCGUGCCGUCGCCUGAGUUCUAUACCCCCGUGGAGACUGAGGCGCCGCAACCCCCUCCAAUGGAGAGCAUCAGGUCGUCUAACCGCGAGUCGGUCGACUGGUAUGCUGGCCUUGCUGCUGAGGGCUCGAUGGCUCAGCGCGGGCCCUCGGAGCCUCUUCCCGCUACGGUGGAGGAGGAAGAGGAGCCGGCGACGCCCGUUCCUGAGAUCCAGCUGAACUCUGCCGACGAGUCUAACGCGCUUGCCGACGUAGAUAUGGGUACUGAGUUCCGCGUGCGCUCGCUAUACGCGUACCAGGCUCAGAGACCCGAGGAACUGACUUUCGGCGAGAACCUCAUCUUGACUGCUCACCCAUCCAAGUCGGGUGCUGACUGGUGGUACGGCACUGUCGUGCGCGAUGGAAAGUCGGGCUUCUUCCCCAAGACCUAUGUCGACCACGUUAGCUCUGUCAUCGCCCACGCUCUUUAUGACUACAACGGCACCAAUGCCGACGAACUCCCGUUCUCAGAAGGCGACGCGCUGACGAUCGUCGAUAAAUUGGAUGCGGACUGGUGGAAGGCGGAACAAGGCGGGGUAGUUUUCAUCGUGCCCGCGGCAUACCUCGCGCUCGCAGAUGCAUUACCCACUCAGACCUCGCGUUCUGCAGAUCCUCCCGCGGCGGAAGACGUCGCGGGCCCAAGCAAGUCGCCCACGAUUGAGUUCGACAAGCAGAUAGAGCGAGACGAGUCUGAUGAGGAUAGCAGCGUGGACUCUGACUACGUGACUGCUAGCGACUCCGAUGAGGAUACUGACGGCAGCGAGGACGAGGAAGAUCAGAGCGAAGAGGCACGACGACAAGACCGCCAGGCUCGUGCCGCAGAACGCCAACGGGUGCUGGAGGCGGCUGGCCUCGUUAUCAAUACCGAGUCUCAGCCUCCCCCGCCACCGCCGCGCACAAAACGAGAGCGUCGCAGGCGACCUGCUCCAGCUGUGCCCGAGCGGUCCCCGCAAAUCCCUUCGCCAAGGAAGGAGCUGCCGCCCGUGCCCGAAUCCGAGUCCGCAAACACUUCGUUGCGCUUGGAUGAUGCGUUCGAACGCUACGAAUCGUAUCGCCAGAACCACCUCGCACUGAACCGCCUGUCGGUGGCGUCCUUUGAGAGCAGCAUGUCUAAUACCAGUCCCCAGGCAGCCUCGUUUACCUUGACACCGUCGGUUUCGACUUCAGAGGAGUCGCGUUCGCAUUCAAGUUCGUUAUUGCACUUCUUUGGCAGGAGUCGGACGCCUGCGAACGAUGGCGAGACUCGGACGAUGCCCGUUAUCUCUGCACCGAUUUUGCUGAGGGAGCCCUCGCCUGGGCCAGGGGAGGGGGAUACAGCGUUUGGCAUGUCGUGGGCCAGCCUUGUAGACAAAUCUGCUCUGGAAGAAAUUCCUACACCAGAACGUCGGCGACAGGAGGCAAUCUUCGAGCUCAUUGCGACUGAGGCGGCCUACGUGCGGGAUCUGCAACUUAUCGUCGAGCAUUUCUAUACCAACGUCUAUUCCCUGCUGGACGAAAAAGCACGCACAGUCAUCUUUGCAAAUGUCGAAGAUAUCUUGCUUAUGAACACGACCUUCCUCAGCUCCCUGGAGGAGCGGCAGAAGGACUGCCGGCUGUACAUAGACAAGAUCGGUGACAUCCUCAAGACCAACAUGGCCAACCUCAGCGUUUACAUGGACUAUUGCGUGAACCAAGCCACCGCUAUCAAGGUCCUUCAGUCUCUCCGCCAGACAAAUCCAGAACUGGCGGCGUCUCUCCAGGCAUGUUGUUGGUACAAUCGAUUGCGUGAUGACCCUACUGCGAGGAACCUCGACCUAUCUAGCUAUCUACUUGUUCCGAUGCAACGAAUCACCCGAUACCCCUUGUUGUUUAAGCAAAUCAUUCAUUACACCGAAGCUGGGGACGACCGCACCCAAAUCGAGCACUCGCAGCAAAUGGCAGAGAAUGUGCUGGCUCACAUUAACGAGACCAUCCGCGACCAGGAGGGGAGGGAGCGGCUGAAGGAGGUCUCCAAGGACCUCUGGGUCGGCCAAGGACGCCUCGAUCUAACCGCCCCGACUCGUUACAUGGGCCCAAGGAAGCUGCUCAAAGAGGGCGUGUUGCUGAAGGCGAAAAGCGGGCGGAAGCUGCGCGCGUUCCUGUGCAGCGACAUCCUUGUGCUCACAGAGGAAGCGACGAAGUCGCUAUAUCGCAUGCCACUUUCUCUCUCAGAAGUUGAGGUCCGCGAAUCGACCGGGGCAAAAGACGAUGCCACUUUCCAGCUCGCGGUUGCGUAUCCUCGCGGAGGCGAUGCGGUCACUUUGCGUGCGUUGUCUCAGCGCGAAAGUCAGAUGUGGAUGCACGCCAUCCAUGGCGCCGCUAAGCGGUGUCGCGACGCCCAACGGCGUGCGGCGAGGAAGUCCCGCGGAUGACCGCCGAUACGAUAUCCUGUUUUUUUAUCGACCAGAUUUCCCUGGACUCCAACCCCUCGCUGUGUGGUUCUCGCAGUGUACACUAAUCGAUCCUAUAGUUGUAGUCGUAUUUAUCUGUCUAUAGUUGGACAGGCAUGGU